UGUUAAAGAGGCGGCGAGUUCACAUAAACUUACGAUAAAUUAAAUUAAAUUUACCUCAAAUACUACAAUUCUAAAAAUUUAAAGGUGUUUGCCCUUUAGGCAUUUUACGAUCAUAAUUGUAUUAUGAGCUACCCAUAUAAAUUAAGACAGAAUAAGAUUUGAACAUGCAUUUUAAUAAUUUCUUACUUAAAAUACAAAUAUAAUCGUCCCAGAGAAAGUUUGUUAACAUCCUGUUGGAAAUAAGGUUCUCUGAAGGCUGAAUUAGGCUUAAUAAUCAAACAAUAGACUAACUCUAAUUUUAAAAUGCUAUUAACAGUACCAAAACUCCAAAACAAACAGUUGAAGCGAUUUUUGGAGCACAGUGUGUAUCUUUUAAUCGUUUUUGUUUUAGUACCAGGUUUUAUAUAUUUUGAACUUUGUGUUGUGCUACCCUCUGUGGUAGAAAUAUGGAGUAUUUGUUAUAUUAUACAUUAUGUUUGUGCAACAUUUCUUUUAAUCAACAUUAUUGGAAAUAUGAUAUAUGGUAUGUUUACCAAUACAAGUAUAAGAGGAAAAAUUUUGGAAAGUGAACACAAAGAAGACUGGACUAUGUGUACAAUAUGUGAGUGCCUACGACCUCCUCGUGCCUGGCACUGUGAUUCCUGUGAUACAUGCAUUCUAAAGAGAGACCACCAUUGUACAUUUUUUGCUUGUUGCAUUGGUUAUUUUAAUCAUAGAUAUUUUAUGUUCUUUACACUAUACAUAUUCAUUGCUAUGGUGUAUUCAUUCUAUUAUAAUGUGAUAUUUUUGAGUAACUUUAUAAAAUGGAACCAUGGACUAAUCAUAGCUCAGUUUGUAUUUCCGCUCGCUACUUUUGUGAUUGAUUUUGGAGAACAGACUUUAUAUGUAUUUUUAGUUGAGAUAAAUUUCAUUAUUGGUGCAUUUACGGGUUUUCUUUUUAUAUUUCAUUUUAAUAAUAUAUUGAAAGGUAAAAUAACUCCAGAAAAAAAACCAAAUAUUAAAGGAGCAUCUUAUGACAAAGGGCUUAAACUCAAUCUAAUUGAAGUAUUUGGACACAGAUGGUACCUGUCAUGGAUUUCUCCCUUUAUUAAGAGCCCUUUACCUGGUAAUGGUGUUGAAUGGAUUGUUGAAGAUAAGCAUAAAUAGAUUAAUAGCAAAAAAAAUAACAAAACACUAUUGUUAUGGCACAAAUUAUACUUAAAAUAUUAGUAAAAUAUUUUCACUUUGUCUUACUUUUAUUAUUAUAAAUUAAUAUUGUAAGUAAUCUUAAGUAUUAACAAAAUAAUUAUAUUUAUAAAUUGUACUUAACUUAUUGACAGUUAUUUAUGCCAAUAUUAAGAUAUUAUCGACUUUUCAAAGCUGACCAAAUUGCAGCGCACGGAACAUUAAAGUGAAGCAAAAAAGUGAAUAGAAAGGCGAAUAAUAAUUCCCCUUAUUGCGAAAGGACGCGUGGUAUUUUUACUAGGCCAAAAUUAAAAAAAAUUAAGUGACAGCACUUUUAACGUAUUCGACUUAGAGACGUUAGAUUCAAGUUGCUCCAAAUUACACUAUACUUUUCUAAAGAUUUAACGACUGCUAUUCAAAGAAUCUUAAAAGUGAUAGGUACAUUACUUAAAUAAAUUGCAAUUAUUCUUGAAAAUGAAUAAGACCUACGAUGUUAAAUUAAAUGAGGAAAUCAUUAAAUACAAUUUCAAUUGUUGAUAAACAUUUAGAAAUAAGUUAAAUUGUGAUAUUUUUUACUAAUUUAGGCACAUACAAACACAUUCAUCAUGUUAAAUGUUUAACAAAUUCUAAUAAAUCACUGCCAACUGUUUCAAUUGGAAACGCAUUAAAGUUUAUCAUAUUUAUUCUACCGAAUGUGCUGACAAAAGUGAAUCUAAACUCGUGUGUUUUGUUAGACAGUUGAGAUUGUCUGUAUUUAAGUUAGUUAUUUAUA